CACACACACACACACACACACACACACACACACACACUCUGCUGCAUCAAGAGGCAGAAGAGGAGAGAGGAGGAGGGUGCAGCGGGACACAGACGGGGAAUACUCCAGUGGACAGAGCCAAUCCCGGAGAGGGACAGGAUUGUACGGAGACUUGUGUGCUAAUAUGCCGCCGUGGUCCACAGGGAGGAGAAGCUGAGCACCGGGGAGUUUGACAGGGUCUCGGUGCAUCUCCCCCAUGCUAACUGAUUAUGUGGAGGAGCUGAUGUGUGUGAUGGCCAGCGUGGACCUGCAGGUUCUCAAACACACAGUUCUGUGUUGUCGUUACCUUCCAAGCAAGCAGCCCAGCCCGAGGAUCUGAGCGCGCCUCCCCUCCCUCUCCCCCUUCCCUCCCUCCCUUUCCCUGGGUGCCCCUCAAUCCUGGGCCCACCAUGGGAGGAUGCUUCUCCAAACCCAAACCAGUUGAAGUUAAAGUGGAACUCUCUCUCCUGGAAAAAGAAAAAGAGGUGGACGGGCUGUCACCCAAUGGUAAAGCGAGUCCCUUUGCUGACUGCAGACCCAACGGGGCCCUGGGACACGGCUCUGACGAUGACUCCACCCCGCUGCCCCCCUACCACAAACCACGGGACUACGUGGAGGCCUCAGUCUGUCACGUUAAAGAUCUGGAAAAUGGACAGAUGCGAGAGGUUGACUUGGGAAGUGGCAAAGCUCUGUUGAUCAAAGAACACGGGGAGUUCUCAGCCAUGGGCCACAAGUGUCCACACUACGGGGCGCCACUGGUCAAAGGUGUGCUGUCAAAAGGACACGUGCGCUGUCCGUGGCACGGCGCGUGUUUCAACAUUGCGACAGGAGACAUCGAGGACUUCCCUGGACUGGACAGUCUGCCGACCUUCCAGGUCAGAGUUGAAAAGGACAAGGUGAUCAUUCGCGCAAACAAGCAGGCUCUGCAGUCGCAGAAGAGGUCAAAGCCCAUGUCCCGAUGUUCAGCAGUCAUUAACUCCAGCACUGGCUUCAGCCAUGUCCUCAUCAUUGGCUCAGGUCCGGCAGGUCUGGUGUGUGCAGAGACACUGAGGCAAGAGGGCUUCACCGAUCGCAUCGUCAUGUGCACCAUGGACAGACAUCCUCCGUAUGACAGGACUAAACUGAGUAAGUCCCUAGACAGCACAGCAGAGCAGCUGAGGUUGCGCUCCCUGGACUUUCUGCAGGACCACGACAUUGAACUGCUCACAGAGAAAGAGGCUGUGGCAAUAGACGUGAAAACACGAUCUGUGACAUUUGAAGAUGGCUUGAGGAUGGAGUACAGGAAACUCUUUAUUGCUACAGGAAGCAAACCCAAACCGAUGAUCUUCAAAGGCAAAGACGUCAGGAAUGUGUUUCACCUCAGGACGCCCGAGGACGCAAACAGCAUAGCGAAGCUGGCCGACAACAAGAACGCUGUGAUUGUGGGCACGUCAUUUGUUGGUAUGGAGGUGGCAGCAGCGCUAACUGACAAGGCCCACUCCGUCUCUGUCAUAGGCAUCGAGUCCGUCCCCUUUAAAAAAGCGCUCGGGGAGAAAGUAGGGAAAGUCAUAAUGAAGCUGUUUGAGGCGAACAGGGUGAAGUUCUACAUGAUGAACGAGGUGUCAGAGAUGAUUGGCCAUCAUGGACAGCUGAAAGAAGUGGUACUGAAGAGUGGAAAGGUCCUACGGGCGGACGUGUGUGUCAUCGGAGCAGGAAGGGUUCCCGCAACAGGCUUUGUGAAACAGAGUGGCCUCCACAUGGACUCCAAGGGCUUCAUUACUGUCAAUAAGACAAUGCAGACGAAUGUCGACGGGGUCUUUGCUGGAGGAGACGUGGCGAUGUUUCCCUUCCCGCCACGCAACAACAAGAAGGUGAACAUCCCUCACUGGCAAAUGGCUCAUGUGCACGGAAGGGUGGCAGCCCUCAGCAUGAUGUGUCGAGUCACUGAGAUGAAAACUGUGCCUUACUUCUGGUCCGCCAUGUUUGGGAAGACCAUACGCUAUGCAGGUUAUGGUGAUGGAUUUGAUGAUGUCAUCAUACAAGGAGAUCUGGACGAACUGAGAUUUGUAGCUUUCUAUACCAGGGGUGAGGAGGUGGUGGCCGUUGCCAGCAUGAACUAUGAUCCUAUUGUAUCCCGAGUGGCAGAGGUCUUGGGAUCUGGAAAGACGAUUAAGAAACGAGAUGUGGAGAUGCUAGCGCGACUUGGCAAGACUGGAGACAUUUCUUGGUUGAUUGACAAAGGCUCUCAAUGACUUCCCACCAGAAGGUCCCGAAGGACAGAGUCCACUGGACGCCUCAAUAUGGACACUUAUGGUGCUGAGACACUGAGCAGCUAUCCCGGUCUGGACACUCUCUCUCUCUCUCACACACACACACACACAAACACACACACACACACACACACACACACACACACACACACACACACACACACAAACACACACACAAAAACACACACACAAACACACACACACACACACACACACACACACACACACACACACACACACACACACACACACACACACACACACACACACACACACAUUGGGUCCAGGACUGUGUCUGCUCGAUACACACUCCCUGAGGACAACACUAACACUUGCUUUCGUUCCUGGGAGAUAUUUAAUGUGACAAACGGAGCCAUGUACUAUCUGAAUACACUGAACAUUGUGUUGGUGGGUCUAUUAUGAUCACGCUGUCAUGUUCACGACAAAGCAAAACUGGUUCCAGCCUCUGUGCUGCUACAAGAUGUAUUUACCUUAAACUUUGUUUAUAAAAAUCCAGGGACAGGCAUGGCAUUUUUGUACAAAUAACAUUGUAAAUAGCUAUAAUCCUGAAUGCACUGUAACAAAAUGAGAAAAUACAAUUUGAACUGAAUUUUUCUAAGCUUUAAAUAACAGAUUUGGUUGUAUGCUUGCAUACAGACUACGAGAUCUGCAUGGAAUAAUUUACUAUAACAGGAGUUAAAAAGUAAAAUAAAUAAAAAUGCCCCAACAAAUAUAUUUCUAUCUAGAUGCAUCAGCAAACAGAGCUUAAAUCUGCAACAGGACAAACGUCAGCAGAAACGAGAAUGCAGCUUUCACCGACACACACACACACACACUUUACAACAUAUCUCCUCUUAUUGGUUGCCUUGCUGGUAGAUUGCACAAAUGAAGUUCUAACCAUACUUUGAUUAUACACCAGUGCUUGCAUGAUAGAAUCAUGUAUUUUCUUAGAGAUGUCAGAUAGAAAUCCAACAGUAGGUUGAGGAUAUUUUUGAUGGCUGUCACCUCCAGGGACUUCACUUGUUACUAACUCAGGGAACUGAGGUUCGUGGCCUGGGCGUACUGGGGUUACUGGUCUUUUUUGCAAGCAGAAAUUAAUUUGUUGCUUGAAUAUAUUUUUCCAAGUUAUUAAAAUUUCACUGGUUCUCUCAUUUUCAUUCAGAAAUGCUUGUUAUGUGCAUAGGGAUUUAAAGCACCUGCCUGAUUACAUCUUAUUGUGCUGAUGAAAUACUUGAGCCCUGACAUAGCGUUCUAAAAGGCAUCUCUCUUCCUACAGAAAAAGCCUGGAUUUGUGUUUUUAUAACUAAAACUUUGAAAUAAAAGUAUUCCAACAACAACCA